UUGCCCCGCCCCCUCGUGACGUUAGGGAGCCUCCGCCGUGGCACCGCGUCCCCGAGCGCUCCCGGAACAGCUCUGCUGGGACUCGGGGGAGCUACGGAGGCGCCGGUUGUAGCUCUACCCUUCCGGUGGGCGACAGUCUGGGCCUGGCCGCUUCAGCGCUCCUCAAAGCCUCUCCCUGGUGCUUCGCUCGUGGCUCUGAUCGCCCCCGUCGUUCCUCGCCGCGGAGAGCACCGCAGCAACUGACGGUCAGCCAUUCCCCGGCGCGCCUCUGCGCAGUUCGGAUACCCCUCUCGAUUGUCCAUCCGAGUGCGGGAGAAGCCGUUCUCCCGCUCCUCGGACCUGGCCGCCCGGGAAGCGUCGGAAGCAGGCCCUGGUGCCUCGACCACCGGCGACGGACCCAGACAUGACUACUAGAUAACUGCGAGGUGAAGUGAGACCCCGCUGUCUGCUGCGGGGCGCCCGAGGCCGGGAGAGGGUAAGGUGGCUGCUUGCCGCAGUGCGGCCGGCCGCCGGCGCGGGUGCGCGGGGCUUCUCCGGGCUCGGGUUAUUCAUUUACAACUUGAACUAACAUGACUACUUCAUCUUCACUGCCCGUCGGAACUGCAGACGUUGACGAGACUUAACUCGGUUACCGUGGAGGAAUACUGUGAAUUGCAGUAGCAUCAGUGGCCGGGACAAAUUGGAAUUUAAAUGUGUUAUUUUGGGCAUCAUGACACUAAGCCUCUUAGAAGACUGGUGUAGGGGGAUGGAUGUAAACCCGCGGAAAACGCUGUUGAUUGCCGACAUCCCCCAGACCUGUAGGGCAGAAAUUGAGGAGGCUCUGCGAUCUGGUUUUGCUCCCUUGAGCGAGUACCGACUGCUCGGGAGGAUGUUCCGGAGGGAAGAGAACAGGAAUGCAACCUUAAUAGGAUUAACUGAGGAGACGGGUCAUGCUCUGGUCCCUAAAAAGAUACCCGGAAGCGGGGGUGCCUGGAGAGUGAUCUUUAAGACCCCUGACCCAGACAAUGAAUUUUUAGGCAGGUUACAUGAAUUCCUAGAGGGAGAGGGCGUGACAUUGGGUGAGUUUACCAGCGUUCUUGGGUAUGGAAACGACCUUUUUGACCUAGACCAGGACAUGACCCCAGAAGUGCGGGCCCCUGUGUUGGCACAGGCAUUAGAUGAGGCUCUUCAGCCUGCCCUGCAACACCUGGAAUACAAAAAACUGAGAGUAUUCUCAGGCAGUGAUCCUCCAGAGCCAGAAGAAGAAGAGUUUGAAUCCUGGCUGUUUCAUGCCACUCAAAUGAAGACAUGGCAGGUGUCAGAUGCCGAAAAAAGAAGGCGAUUGCUAGAGAGCCUUAGAGGCCCGGCAUCUGAUAUCAUUCGCGUCCUCAAGAUAAACAGUCCUUUAAUUACAGUCCCUGAAUGCCUGCAUGCUCUGGAGGAGGUAUUUGGGGUUACCGAUAAUCCUAGGGUGUUGCAGGUCAAAUAUCUGACCACUUACCAGAAGGAUGAAAAAAAAUUGUCUGCGUAUGUACUAAGGCUGGAGCCUUCACUACAGAAACUGGUAGAGAGAGGAGCAGUUGAGCAAGAAGUUGUGAAUCAGGCCCGCCUGGAGCAAGCCAUUGCUGGCACACCGCGCAGGAAGUUUGCUCUGUCAGAGGAUGGCUCAGCCCCUGGCUUAUUGCAGUUACUGACACUAAUAAAGGAUGAAGAGGCAGCUGAGGAGGAGGCGGCCCUCCUCCAGGCAGGAUUAGAGGGGCAUUUCAGCUGGAUCUUGGGAAAUCAGGAAGGGCUCUCUGGCAGUGAGCAGAGCAUAAGGUAGAACAGUCUGUAUGCUCAGUGACAGACAUUAACCAAUCCCUGUCUUGUGUUGCCAAGUAACUCAUUUUUGUGCAGUUCUCAGUAUAAUCCUUUGUCAUUUCUGUGCCCAUUUGAUGUCUCCUAAAUGUGUCAUUGACUAGAAGGAUGUAGUUCUGCACUGGUAUUUAUAUAUUUAAAUUCACGCUGUGAACUUUUUUUAUCACACACAGUUGUACAAAAAGUCUCAUCACUACGGACAUGUGAUACUCUGAGAGGACAGCCAAGGCUCAGGUGCACAUGGUGAUCCGAUCUCGUUCAGAUGUCAGCUUGUAUGAUAAUAGGUGCAAGUGUAGCUGUCAGAUGUGAUAAUGUGUCAUAGAUAGUUUUGGGCUGUGUACGGCCCUACAUUAAUCAUGAAGAUCGUGAGCAGGGGUUAAGAGGUUAUUUUCUGUGUGAAUCGGAAUUUUAUUGAUUCUAUGCCAUCAAAACAAGAGGCAGAAUUAAAUGCUGCAGUUGGUCAGUUUGCAGCUUCUACCGCUAACCCCAGAUUUCUGAUGUGUGUCUCAAAGCAUCUAGUUCUGAAUAUCAUUUUAAUAGGUUACAAAAUUAUAGAUGUGAACUUAUAAAAUAAAGAAGUGUGAAUAAAAUGACCUUUUUACCCAGUUUGUUUGUAUCAAGGUUCCAAGGGAGAUUUCACUUGAACAAAGGGUUCCAAAAGCAUGAAUCUGAAAACGACUGAAUUGCACAGUCUUAGUCCCUUGGACACUUUCCUCCUGGUGCCCAGGUGGGUAGGGAGUAGUUUUCUAAGUGAGAGUGCUGGCAGGACCUUCUCCUGAAGUACAAUAGAAUGAAAUGAGACUGUGUAAAUUAGUGCAAGUAGCAGGUUCAAAGGCAUCAGGGCGUUGAAUCUGGAGGGUGAAAAGAAAGACAGGAACAUUGCAUACCUCUGCACGGCAGACUGGACUAAAUGUUCCAUGUACUUCCUCACUUAAUCCUCUUAAAAAUCCUGCAAUAUAAGAAAACAGCUAGUUUCAGAAUUCUGUCAUCUGCCUUACUGCAAGGUCAAUGUUCUUUCCAUUGCUAAGAGAAGCAAUCCUAAGGUGUCUGGACCCAGCCUCACAAGGGAAGCAGGGCAGAUUGUUAACAACAUUUAAUAAAUGAACUAUUAGUAUGCGUUAGUGUGGACUACAUCUUAAUCACUACUGCAAACUGGACACUAAGAAGUGGGGAGUAUGAGAACCUGUAAGACCCAUAGGCAGCAGGGAGGGUGGACAUGGGUUAGUGAUUUGGUCUCUAAAAAAAAAAAAGAAUGAAA